CCAUCACAGUCCCUUCCCUUCCGCGGGUGCCUGUAACAUACACUGAGUCCCUGCGGAAGCGAACACGCACGUCCUGAACAUGGAGACUUCAAACGAUCGGGCCCAGUUGCCAAGAAAUAUGAUUGAAAACAGUAUGUUUGAGGAAGAACCGGAUGUGGUUGACUUGGCCAAAGAGCCCACUCUGAAUCCAUUAGAAUCUGAGGAAACUGAGUAUGAACCAAGAAGCUCAAGAUUACUGGUGCGUGGACUGGGUGAAAAUGAAUUGGAUGAAGAUGAAGAGGAUUAUGAAUCCUCUGCAAAACUGCUAGGCAUGUCAUUCAUGAACAGAAGUUCAGGUCUUCGUAAUAGUGCUGCAAACUACAGGCAGGUUCAAGAUGGGUUGUGCCCAGUGCCUUCUGCAAGGACAGUUAUUGUGUGUGUAGUUGUUGUCAUUAUUGCAGUCUCUGUUGUUACCGUGGUUUAUCUCCUUCCAAAGUGUACCUUUACCAAAGAUGGGUGCCAUGAAAAAAAGCACCCAUUGGAACUAGUCUAUCCCAUUGCUACAAAUGGAAAAGUUUUCCCAUGGGCAAAAAGUAGACUUCCCAAUUCCAUAAAACCAGUACAUUAUGUUCUUACCUUGCAUCCAGACAUGACAACUAUGUAUUUUGCUGGCACUGUACAGAUAAAGCUGAAUAUCACAGCGAGCUCCAACAAUAUUGUGCUGCACAGCUCAGGGCUUCGCAUCAUCAAGGCACAUGUCUCUGUAACUGAGGGAACAACUAUGGAUGCUGAAGUUCUGGAAUAUCCUACAUUUGAGGAGAUUGCUAUUAUUUUACCAGAAUCAUUGCCGAAAGGAAAGGAAUGCUUGCUUACAAUUCAAUAUACAUCUAACUUUUCAAGCACCUAUUAUGGAUUUUACAAAAUUGAUUACAUGGAGAAAGGCAAUAAGAGAUCUCUUGCAGCCACUCAGUUUGAGCCACUUGCAGCAAGAAAAGUGUUUCCGUGCUUUGAUGAACCUGCUUUCAAAUCCACAUUCCAGAUCAACAUCAUAAGAAAUCAAAGUAUGAUCUCUCUUUCAAACAUGCCAAAGGCAAAAACAAGCACAAUGAGUGAUGGCCUGCUUCUAGAUGAAUAUUCAACUAGUGUGAAUAUGAGCACUUACCUAGUUGCUUUUAUAGUCGGUGACAUAAAGAAUACUACUCAAGAAACAAAUGACACUCUGGUGUCUGUCUAUGCUGUACCAGAGAAAAUGGAUCAAGUCAAGUACGCUUUGGAUUCUGCUAUGAAGCUUUUGUAUUUUUAUUCAAAUUAUUAUAAUAUUGCAUACCCACUUAAAAAACUAGAUCUGGUGGCUAUUCCUGACUUUCAAGCAGGGGCAAUGGAAAACUGGGGAUUGAUCACAUUUCGGGAGACUGCUCUUCUAUACAAAGAAGAUUCUUCUUCUGUUGCAGAUAAGCAAUCCAUAACCAAAGUGAUUGCUCACGAACUGGCUCAUCAGUGGUUUGGGAAUCUAGUGACCAUGGAAUGGUGGAAUGACUUGUGGCUGAAUGAAGGUUUUGCAACAUAUAUGGAAUAUGUGUCUAUGAGCUCUCUCUUCCCAGAACUGAAUUCAGAAAAUAGCUUCUUGAAGAUGCGCUUCACGGCCCUACAAAAGGACUCCUUAAAUGCUUCUCAUCCUAUAUCUACAGAUAUUCAAUCUCCAGAGCAGAUUGAGGAAAUGUUUGAUGAUUUGUCUUAUAUAAAGGGCGCGUCCAUUUUAUUAAUGCUUCAAGCAUUCCUGUCAGAGGAUGUGUUCCAUCACUGCAUCAUGGAGUAUUUGCAAGCCCAUCAGUAUGGAUCUACAACCAGUGAUAGUUUAUGGGACAGCAUGAAUGUGGUCACCAACAAAAAUCCAAAUGUGAAAAACAUGAUGAAGACAUGGACUCAGAAAGCUGGUUAUCCUCUAGUGACAGCUCUGAGGAAAGGUGAAGAGAUCACGGUUCAGCAGGAGCGGUUUCUUCGUACCCCUAGUCCAGACCAUGCUACAAAUGCCAGUACUGUGUGGCAUAUUCCACUGACUUACGUAACCAGAAAGUGUAGUGGUAUUGAACCUCAGUGUGACAACAUCUAUCUCCUGAAAGAGGUUACAGGCAGAAUAAAUGUGUCAAGUGAGUUCCCAUGGGUGAAGUUCAAUGUCAACAUGACUGGAUACUAUAUAGUUGACUAUGGUGCUGACGGCUGGGAUGCCCUCAUAAAGCAGCUUCUCAGGGAUCACACAGUGCUACAUUCCAGUGACCGAGCCAAUCUGAUCCAUGACAUAUUCAUGCUUGCAGGUGUGGGGAAGGUCCCUCUGGCAAAGGCUUUUGAACUGCUUGGGUACCUUGCAAAUGAAACAAACAGUGCCCCCAUCACCCAAGCUUUGAACCAGUUUUACCAUAUUCAUGGUAUCUUAUUAAAACGUGGUUUGGAUGAGCUGUCUGACAAAGUUAUGGAACGUGGUUUAAAACUACUCUCUAAUCUUAUCAACCAAACAUGGGAAGAUGAAGGAACACUGGCUGAACGAGAAUUGAGAUCCUCUCUCUUGGAUUUUGCCUGUUCAAGUGGCCUUCAAAGUUGUGUAGAUAAAGCAAUGGAGCUAUUUAAUAUUUGGCGUCUUAAUAACACAAGAAUUCCCACCGAUGUUAUGAAGGUUGUGUUUAAGGUUGGAGCAAAAACUGCAGAAGGCUGGGCCUUUCUCUGGGAUAAAUAUACAACUUCCCUCUAUGAGACAGAAAAGAGGAAAAUUCUUGAAGCUCUUGCAAGUACAGAUAAUGGCCGAAAAUUACAGUGGUUGAUGCAAGAGAGUCUUGAUGGGGGCUUGAUAAGAUCUCAGGAGCUGCCUGCUGUUUUAGGAUUCAUUUCUAAAGGUUCACCUGGGUAUUUGCUGGCCUGGGAAUUUGCCAAGCAGAACUGGGAUUUGAUAACUCAGAAGUUCAUGCCUGGAUCUUUUCCUAUACAGAGUAUCGUUUCCACGACUACCUACCACUUUUCCACUGAUACCCAUUUAAAUGAGGUUAUUGCAUUUUUUAAUUCAACCAAGGGGAAGAGCCGAGAAAUGUGGUGCGUCAAAGAGGCCGUGGAGACAAUCAAGUUUAACAUCGAAUGGAUGAAAAACAACCUUGAUAGCCUUAAGACCUGGUUGCAGUCCUCACACUAGAAUUUCCAUGUUCCAGAGAACUUCUUACGUUGAACUGUUGCUCUGUUUCUUUUGCAGAAGCGAGGGUGGAAAUUGCAACACUGUUUGCACUAUUUGAGUGUUUUUGACAGCUCAGGGCGAAAAACAAAAAAAAAUUCCUCUUUUUUUUUUUUUGUGUGCGAAUGCUGAGGAGCGAGAGUGUAUUUAUUACAAAGUGUGGUAAUCACCACAUUAUUGCCAUAAAGCUGUAGAGCGAUCCAAACUCCCUCUGUAUUACACUUUGUUAAAAAAACACUGUAUUCCAGUUGCUUGUUAAACAUUGGACUAUACAGAGCUCAAGCUGGCAGCUCGCCUACCUGCUGCCUCUUAUAGAAAAAUGGAUGCUACUCACUGACUGUAAAUAGGCUUUGCAGCCACCUCUCUUAUGGAAGAAACAUGGACAUGGUGCCAUUCUUCAGUGAAGAGUCCAGUGAGCUACUAAUCUAAUUGUCUGUUUAAAGCGGCAUCUGUCUCUCCAUUGGCGAACAUGGGCAUUACACUCUUUGAGGUAAAUAGUCUGGCGCUUACACCAGAUUCACUGACCAUUUCUGGGAUUUCUCAUACUGAAAAGUCCAGCACUUAUGAGUGCCAAAAAGCCCAAAGCAUGUCACAUGGGAUUUCCUCCAACUUUACUUCCCUUAAAUAUAUUCUGCUUAGACCUCCUUUUCCUUAAGUGAUGUACCUGGUGUCUAAUGACCUACAUCUCCUUUAGAGCAACAGGUAUAGGGAUACUGUCACUUUCUUCUUUACUGUGGUAUCUUACAAUGAGUGUUGCUUUUUCAGUUGGGGGCACAUCUAUGACUGACCUGUUUGAUUAUGAAAAGGAAUAUUUGGGGUGAAAAAGUACAAUUCAAUUUUAGAGCUUUGGAUGCAUAGGUUUUUAAGAUCACUGAUAAAAUGUUGCUCUAAUAACUGCUAUGUCUUGAAAGAUGUUAAUAUGGAUGUAAACUUUUGAUGCAGACUCACUUCCAUGCUUGCACAAAAUCUCUUGUAUAAAUUAUAAUAUAAAGUUUUUUUGUAUAAUGUUUUA